UUGAAUUAUUUAUUCAUUUUUUUGAUAUACUUUGAUGUGAUUAUAACGAGAUCGGGAGGAAAGGAAAGCAAUUUUUUUGGAUUUUAAAUGAGAGGACUUUCAAAGUGAUUUCAGAUAUGAUGGUUCGGCAAAUUUUCUAUCUUUUGUGGGUGCUUCAACAUGGAGCCGAUUGUAUUUCAUUUUCCAAAACACCUUCAAACCCAGCCCUCGGAACUCUUGGAAAAUCAGUUUUGUUACCAUGGGAAUAUCCUUCCAAUGCAGAAAUGUCGUCUAUUACGUGGCGUCGAACGGAAGAGGACAACACUGCGAUUGCAACUAUCAUGAUAUUGUCAUCCAAUCAACCUGUUAAUAUAUAUUCUGCAUACAGAAAUCGUGUUACGUACAAUGGAAGUGCCAGAAUCAUCUUCCACGAUUUAAAGCUUUCCGAUGAAGGGCUAAUUUCCUGCACGGUUGAUUUCUCCAACGGCAGUACUUUAUAUCACAAAACUUUGCUUCAAGUUGGCACGGCUCCGCACUUUACAACCGUUCCUUCGCAAUCUUUUGUAUCAGAGAAAGAAAAUGUUUCGAUUGAGUGUACAAGCAUAGCAAAACCGCAGCCAGCGAUAAAUUGGUAUGACAAAAAUAACACAAUGCUUAGCACCAGUACCAAAUAUGUUUUGGUCAGCGGUAUUGUUAAGACUAUUGAUGAAGAAAUCCAAAUUAAAAGCACUUUGACCAUCAUUAAUGCUGGAAUAGAGGAUGCCGGGAAAUAUAAAUGCAAAUCUUUUAACGAUAUUUCUGCAGACGAAGCUGACACAACAUUGACGGUUUAUUAUAAACCAAUCAACACGAUGAUAACACUACAAUUUGCAAGUCGUCUCGAAGGAGAAUCGAAUGAUAUUAGAUGUAGCGCUGAUGCUGAGCCAUCCAUUAUCUAUUAUGAAAUUUAUCGUGGUGACUCGCUUUUAUCAAACUCAACCAGCGGUAUUGCCUCUAUUAUUUCUGUGAAAAAUUAUCACGAGGGAAUGUAUAGAUGUUUACCGAGAAAUUGGGUUGGAGUUGGAACUGAAGCGCAAGAUGAUAUGAUAGUUAAUGUUGCACCUGUCCUCUUCGAUACAAACUUGGAUGUGAUCACGGUCAAAGAAAAAGAUGGAGUGUUGAUAACUUGCAAGUUUUUUGGUGACCCAAAACCAGUUGUGAUUUGGAAGAAGUAUAACGGUGGAAACGAUGACCACAUACACGAAGUUACAAAGACAUCCUUUUCCAACUCAACCUUGUUCCAGGUAGAAUCUGAUGUAAGGAUUGACCAAACGAAAAAAUCUGAUUAUGGAGACUAUUCUUGUCAAGCUAAAAACGACUAUGGUACUGUUGUGAAGAAUAUUUCACUAGUUGUGCAAUAUCCACCAACUAUUGUGCGCCACACGUUGCCGCACCUUAAGUUCUCCAUCAAUGAAAGUGGCAGUGAUACUGUCGACUGUGUGUCACGUGGUUGGCCUAAACCAAUCAUGAAAUGGUAUCGAGAUGUUGCGGAAAUUAGUAACAUAAAACACACUAUUUUCACAAGCGUUGAAGAAACGGGAGCAAACUACGUUGAAGUGCGGAGUGUCCUUGAGUUAAAAUCAGUUACCAAGCAUGAUGCUGGCGUGAUUCGAUGUGAAGCUAGCAAUGCGGCUGGGUCAGCGAGUCAUAAUACAACUCUUAAUGUGUACUAUAAGCCUGAGAUAACAGCUCAAAUGGACGAAAAAACAUACGUGAACUUACAAACUGGAUUGACAUUAUCGUGUGUUUCAAAAAGUAUUGAACAGUCUGUCUUUAAAUGGUACAAGAAUAAUCAACAAAUCAUCUCAGGUCAAGACAACAGCCAAAUAGUUGAGCAAAAAUUACCCUCGCAACCCUAUGUUUCAAGUUUUCUCACGGUUAAUCCUGUCACGAGUGGCGAUUCCAAUUCUGUGUUCAAAUGUACGGCGACAAAUAGCCAAGGAGCAGAUAGCAGAUCAACCUUAGUGAGUGUGUAUUUUGGUCCAGUGAUAAACAGUUUUCCUGGUCCCUCCAUCAUCACAAGUGAAUUCAAAUGGAACUAUCAAAUCUCAUGUGUGAUACAAGCCAAUCCGAAACCGACAAUCACGUGGCUAAAAGAGAAUCAACCAAUUAGCGACAGUUUAAACUAUAAGCUUAUUGAGGUGGUUGUCACAGCAACACCAGAACUAACCAUUAUGAAUAGCACUUUGAUCAUAAAAGAGGUACAGAGGACGGACUUUGGGAAUUGGACAUGUCGUGGGAGCAACACGAUAGUUGGUGGGCAAUUUAGUCAAACUGAACGCUUGACACAAUUGACAGUGACAUAUGAUCCACGAUUUGAGUUUAUAUCACCAAAUCCAUUCCGAGUUAAUCACACUGACACAGUUAUAUUUAUAUGUCGCGUCAAAGCCUCGCCGAAACCAUUUGUCUGGUGGGUAGUGCCUUCGACUAUUUUGAAAGAUAACCGUUUGACCUAUUCGACAUCAACCAUUGUGGAUAAAACAGAAUUUGGAUCCGUUGAAGCAAAGUUGACAAUCACAAAUAUUGGCAAAAGAGAUUAUGGAGACUUUUUCUGUCGCACCAACAAUACGUUGACCUCAACGACAAGGCUUUCAAAACUUAUUGUACAAUACAAACCCGGUGUCAAAGUCCAUUUUACAGAAAACAAUUACGUAGUAUCUGAAAAUUCAAUUUCCAAGAUGGAAAUUACAGUGGAUUCAAAUCCGGAAGCUAAGAUAGAAUGGUUUAAAGGAAAUGGAACAGCUUUCAAAAAAAUCACAAAAAAUAUUCAGCUCCAAACAGUUGUUGUGAUUAAAGAUUUUGAACACAAGUAUAUUAGCCGUCUACGCUUUCCAGGUGGUGUAAAAAGAACAGACCAGGGAUGGUAUCUUAUUAGAACGAAGAAUUUGUUGGGAGAAGUUGAAAAGAGGACCUACUUGAAUGUUCAAUGGAAACCACAAGCAGAGACAAAGCUCGGUAAAACACAAGAAGUGACGUACCAUGAGUCACCAUCAGUGCAAUGUCGUUUCCUGAGUAAUCCAAACAUUUCUAUUCUUUGGUACAAAGAUGGCGCAUUCAUUACAAAUAAACAAUAUGACACCACGCGGUUGCAUGAAAAUGUCUCGCUUACCCUUACCCAAAGUACGUUAACUUUUAUAAAAGCUGGCAGAAAUGAUCGAGCAAAUUAUACAUGUAAGGCGAAAAAUCUGUUGGGCACUGCAGAACAAUGGAGAUAUUUGAACGUUUUAUACCCACCUGUUCUCGAAGUCGCAUCUAAAAAUAUGCUGAUUGACUUGAACAAACCCGUCACAUUCAGCUGUCAAUCUGACGCAAAUCCAGCCGUCACCACGUACUUAUGGAAGAAGAACAACGUCACCUUAAACUACAAUUUUGAUCGAUACAAUAUUUUGAAAGCAAACAAAAACACAGCUGGAAAUUAUUCGUGCACACCUGCAAAUAAACUUGGAAAUGGAUCAACUGUUACAUAUGCCGUAACCAUAAGAAUUCCACCUACAUUCACUCAACCAGCUACAUGUAACAGGGUUAAAGUAACCAAUGGUGGUACAGAUUAUUUUUCUUGCACUUGUCAAGGAACUGGUUUUCCUCAACCGGAAAUAUAUUGGACCAGAUAUCCAACCAACCACCAUCUAUCGAAUACGUCCGUUCUCAACUUCACUGUAAUCGCUGCAAAUGAUGGAACGUAUUAUUGUCACCUAAAAAAUUCAAAAUCUGAAAUAACAUCAUCCGUACAAAUAACAACGUUUGUUCGGGCGGUAGGCGAAUGGACAUUGUGGGGUACAUGUAACGCCACAUGCGGAAACGGACAGCGAAGUCGUACAAGAUCCUGCAAUGUACCUCCUUGUACAGACACACUAAAACAAUUGUCGAACUGUGUUGGUAGCUGUUCUGAUGCGCAAAAUAAAGACGAAGAAAAUACAUGGUUAUACGCUUUGUACGCACUUGUACCAUGCGCUGUGUUGCUGUUGAUUCUGGCUAUCAUAUGGAUUGCACGUUGGAAACGAGGAAAUGUUGAGCACCAAACAUAGGUGACGGUAAACAUUCUAGCUACGUUCUAGCGUUCUAGCUGCUUAUCAAAAUAAUUGCAGCUAAUUGAAACACGCAAGUAAACAAGACGCUGUAUUAAAAGAACCGAUCUGAUUGGACGAAUUGAAGAGUCUUCAUUAAUUUAAUUGGAUAAAUCAAAAUGCGCGGUAGCUAAUUGGAAAAAAAUGAAUUUAAAAUGCGGAGCGGAAAA